UAGCCUUUAACGUUUACGAACGCAGCCGUAGUAAAGAGAAGCCUAUUGUUUACAACUAUCUGUACAAAUACCAGUACCAGUUUAUGUAGUCAAUUGUUAAAGGCAAACAUAAAAUUAAAUAAUUACAACUGUAAAUUUUGCUUUUUUUUUUAUUUAUAACGAGAAGAAAUUUAAACGUAAAAAUGCCGUGCGAAAUGAUAACUUUGCAACUUGGCCAAUGCGGCAAUCAAAUUGGAUUUGAAUUUUGGAAAAGAUUAUGUGCAGAGCAUGGAAUUAGUCCAGAGGGAAUUUUAGAGGAUUAUGCAACAGAAGGAAUGGAUAGAAAGGAUGUUUUUUUCUAUCAAUCAGAUGAUGAACAUUAUAUACCACGUGCUGUAUUGUUAGAUUUGGAGCCAAGGGUAAUUCACACUAUCAUGAAUUCUUCAUAUUCUAAGCUGUAUAAUCCUGAAAAUAUCUAUUUAUCAAAACAUGGCGGUGGUGCUGGAAAUAACUGGGCGUCGGGAUACCAUCAAGGUGAAAAAUUGCAGGAAGAAAUAUUUGAUAUUUUAGAUAGAGAAGCUGACGGUAGUGACAGCUUAGAAGGUUUUGUUUUGUGCCAUUCCAUAGCAGGAGGGACAGGUUCUGGCAUGGGAUCUUUCAUGUUAGAAUCGCUUGCCGAUAGAUUUCCUAAGAAGUUAAUUGAGACAUAUAGCGUUUUUCCAAAUCAAGAUGAAAUAAGCGAUGUUGUAGUACAGCCCUAUAAUUCAUUAUUAACUUUGAAAAGGUUAACUCAAUGUGCAGACUGUGUAGUAGUAUUAGACAAUACUGCUUUAAAUAGAAUUGCUUCAGACAGAUUGCACAUUCAGAAUCCUAGCUUCACACAAAUUAAUAAACUCGUUUCAACAAUAAUGUCUGUCAGUACAACUACUUUGAGGUAUCCUUCGUACAUGAACAAUGAUUUGGUUGGUUUGAUCGCACCACUUAUACCAACUCCUCGCCUACAUUUUUUAAUGACUGGAUACACUCCACUUACAACGGAUCAAGAGGGUGCAUCCGUGAGAAAAACAUCUGUCUUGGAUGUAAUGCGACGAUUACUGCAACCAAAAAAUAUGAUGGUUUCUACAGCAUUGGACAGAAACGCAUCUCAUUGUUACAUAUCUAUUUUAAAUAUAAUUCAGGGUGAAGUAGAUCCAACACAAGUGCAUAAAUCUUUACAAAGAAUCCGGGAGCGAAAACUCACACAGUUCAUUCCGUGGGGUCCUGCUAGUAUACAAGUAGCUCUCUCAAGAAAAUCUCCUUAUAUACAAAGCACACAUCGCGUUUCCGGUUUGAUGUUAGCUAAUCAUACUAAUAUAUCAUCGCUGUUUGAUAGAGCCUUACAACAAUAUGAUAAGUUACGUAAACGUGAAGCUUUUUUGGAACAAUUCCGCAAAGAGAAAAUGUUCGAGGAUAAUCUCGAUGAACUGGACAACUCACGGGAGGUUGUUGAAUAUUUGGUGAAAGAGUAUCAAGCUGCGACUCGAGUUGAUUAUCUCAGUUGGAAUCCAAAUAAGGCAGACACGUAAAAUCAUUAACAAAUGUGCAAAUCAUUGAAUCUUUUUUGUAGUAUCUCAAUCUUCAUUCUUUCAUAUUUUAACGCUUUUAUAUUUAUUUAUGAAACAAAAUAUUUUGUAAUGUGCCAUAUCACAAUAUUUAAUUUUGCAGAAAGUAUUUGUUGACAUAAGCAAAAAUAGAAUAGAAAUUUAUAAAUUUAUAAAAUUAUGAAAUUUUAUUUAAAAUGGUUUGAAAUCAGUUUAUAACAUUUAUUUAAGUGAUACUUGAUGUGUACUUGACAUUACAUGUUAGUUUAGCCUAGUUUUGUAUUCUUCAAUCGUUUCUUUAUUUGGCCUGAAUAUCUAGACUGUAAUAAGAAUCUUUUUUGCGCGCAAAAUUAGGAGGAAGAACUGCAAUCGUAAUAAAACCUGUAUGUCCAGGUAAUGAAUGCGCAUGAGUAACUGUAAGAAGUUUUUCUUCUCGUUUUCCUUUCCCAUUUUCAAAUACAGUAUCUUCAUUUGCGUGCUGUAAUAGAACAGAAUUAAAUUUCUUAUUUUUACAUGUUA